AUGGAUAAUUUAAGUACUGUCAAUCCCGUGUUUUCUACUUAUGUGUUCUAUACGGCAAUAUUAGUGAUUAAAACAUUACUAAUGGCUGUAUUGACAGUUAUUCAUAGAGUAAAGAAUAAGUCUGUUGCAAGUAUAGAAGAUUCUCCAAAAGGAAUUGUCCUAUUCUCAAAAGAUGUUGAACGUCAGAGGAGGGCUCACUUGAAUGAUUUAGAAAACAUUCCAAUAUUUAUAAUCGUAGCAUUUUUAUACACAUUAACAUCGCCCACCACCUUCAUUGCUGUGAAUCUGAUAAGAUUAUUUACCUUAUCGAGAAUCGUUCACUCGUUUGCUUACGCUAUUUAUCCAACACAACCAACACGAGGUAUCGUCUUUGGUAUCGGUUUAUUAAUUACAUUGUAUAUGUCACUUCAUGUUGCACUUUUCUUUUUCUAA